UCUCUCUCACUCUCUCGAUCACAAAAUUACUAAUCCUGUGUGAGAAAUUAAUUUCAUUUGUGUUCGGAGGAUGUCGUGGUUUCGUUUCCUGGUUCUGCAAUGCACAACUACAGCGGAUCGCAUAAUUCUGUAAUGUAAUGGUGAGAGAGAGACGGGGAGUGCGUGUUCGUCGUGGGAGUGAGCGUGACGCUGAAGACAGAUUUCACGCAUGUCAUUUGGAGGGUUCGUUCAUCCUGUGAUGUCUCAUGAUCCGAAACGGCAGAUCUGGUGAAGUUGAGUUGGAUAGAUUUUGAAUCGGGCUCUGAAAAGAAACAAAACUUUAUCGCAGACUUAUCUUAUAUCUUCCCGUUUGAUUGACGUAGUCGAAUUUGGUAAGACGAUCCACAGUUUUCCAACUUGCAGGGUUUUGAAGCGAUUCUCAACCUGUUAGUGAUUGAUUGAUUUUAUCAUUUUAUUAUUAUUUUAUUAUUUUUUCAAUUAGAGCCAGUGUGUGUAGUAAGGUUGUGGUCACUAAUCCUUCGAGAAUGUAGUAGAUGACACGAGGGUUGGUCAGAUGGUCGCAGAAUGCUUUACUCUGCUUUCUGAAUUAUUCCAAGGUUUUUAUGCAUUAGUCCAUCUCGAGGACGUGCUUUCUUCCUCAUUUCUAUCAAUUUUGGACUGCACAGAACAGGAGAAAAUGUAAUUUAACAUAACAAAAUUAUUUAGUCCUCGAUUUUGUGCGAAGCAAGUCGCACCUGAGUUUACGCGUCUGCCCUGUGGCCGAAUUGCUAGGCAGCAGGGGCAGGUAGAGGACGCGUAUGUAUGCAUAUGUGUUACAGGAGCGAAGGUGGAUUCACGGAAUCGGUACAUUUGGUGCUGAUCUUUUGAGCGAGCAGCCCUGAGGUUAAAUUAUGUAUUUUCUGUUGGUGAUGACGGUUUGCAAAUAUUUUCAUAAUCGCCUCCGCAUUCAAUUGAAUGUUUUUUGAGAUACAUCGCAGAGAGAUAAUUAGACAUUGUGUGUAUAUUUUUCUUUUUCUUUAAUGACUAGGGAUAGACUUCUCGUAAUGUUUAGCGUGUAUUUUACACUUUCUAAAGUAGAACUUCAUGCUUAAUUGAAAAUAACAUUUUCGGGCAGGGAGUAUAUAUUAAUUAGUCUUCACUAAUCUUGCCCUAGCUCUCUUGCUUGGAUACAUGAUUUUGAUUGUGAGCAAGAGACUAUAAUGUGGCGUGGAAAGUCGUUAUUUGCUUAGUUGAUUGAAUCUGAAUGCGUUCAAAUUAGGGCUCCACAGGGUGAUGAAGUCAGAAAGAAGCGAAAGUGAUACAUUUGACUGAUAACUGGCAGGCAUACGAGAGCCAAACAAGGACUACACCAGCAUGACCUUUCAGUCCAACUCCCCUCAUGCUAAUUGUGACAAAUGGACAAGCCUCAGCGCAAUGAUAGUGUCCCUGUUGAGAACAUCUUAGGAGAAAUGACAAUGCAGGUGAUUGCAGUGUUUGGGCUGCAGGAUGAUCUCUCUGAUAAAUCAGCCGCAUUGGACCGGGAACGAUUGGAAGUUGCAUGGUUGCGCCAAGAUAUCAUUGACGAGUACGUAAAGAAAAGCGCGGAGCUUCUAAAGCAUCUAGACUCCAUGGAAUCUGUGUUUGACCACCAAAGGUCGGAGAAUGAGAAGCGAGAAACAAAACUGAAAAGGGAAAAUGAAGAGCUUCGGCAUGAGUUGGCACAUGGCUGCAGGGCAUAUGUCGCUGAGCUCCUGGAAAAGAAGCAAGGGCGGGAGCUGGAGAGAGCUCAACAUGUCGUUCAAGCGGUGCAAGUCUUGAAAAGCAGUAUGAAGGAGAGGAUUGCUCAAAAGGAAUACAUGAAGGAACUGCGGGGUGAGGUAGAAGACCUCCUUCUGACGCUCGAGAAGAAGGAAGAGGAGCAUAAAAUUUUUAAGGGCCGUGAGGAGAUAGCCCGAAGGCACAUCGAGGAAGAGAAUGAUGAACUCCGGCGGAAAGCUUCCCUCGGUUGGUUGCUUGGUUGCUUAUCAGAGCUCUAUAUGCGGUUGGAUCCUGAUGUUGGAACUGUCGGAAUCAUGAAGCUAGUACGCAAAGUCAAGCGAGAAUUGGAGUCUGGGAAUUGUGUCUUCAGGACUGGAGGCGAGCUUCCAGAUGAUCAACGGAAGAAGCUUAGGCUUAACAAAUGUUUCUGGGAGCAUGAAGCUAAAUAUCAUCGAGAACAGGCCGAGGCUCCAAAAAGGAGUGUCUCUGUACCUUUACAAGUGCCUUCGAAAAAGGAGGCAGCUGCCAGCGAACCAUGUGUUCUGAAAGACCACCCCAAACAAAAGCAUCUUGCAUCAUGUCACCUGGGCUUUCAAAAGUUGGGGCCUGGACUCUGGGCAGAGGUGAGGCUCCUGGAAUCAGUGGAUCAGGCUGCCAAAUCUACCAAGCAAACUUCGUGCAACAGUAUUAAGAAAAUCUUGUAUGGAUUAGAGAGUGGCAUGAGUUACCUUUUGAGCCAAGAAAGGCUGCGCAGUUCACAGAAUUAGUGAUAGCUUUUAUGAUUUUAUCUUUUGGAAAAUAUUAGAGUCAUUAAUUAAUCAAAGCUGGGGUGUAGGCUUUCAUUAUUCCAUUACAAAAAUAUAUACUAUUGUCAAUUCUUCAUAGAUCUAUUUUUGUAUAGAUCUUAGUCUCA